GCGGACUGCCGACUGCGAGUGAUAGCCAGGUGGAGGAGGCGCAGGCAGGGGAGGAAGACAAACACACAGACACAGGCUCCACCCCGCACGUCGGGCGUGAGGGAAGGGACCAGCCCCACCACCGGACCACUUGGUUGGGUCGGGAGACGACGCAGGACAUGAUGGAUCACCUGAGCCUGGUGCCCUACGAUGGGGCCGGCGGCGGCGGCGACGCCGCGGGCGGCAAGUACAAGGAGUGCAUGCGCAACCACGCGGCGGCCAUGGGCGGGCAGGCGUUCGACGGCUGCGGCGAGUACAUGGCGUCCUCGCCGGACACGCUCAAGUGCGCGGCGUGCGGGUGCCACCGCAGCUUCCACCGCCGCGCGCUGGCGGCGGCGAGCCCGUGCGCGCCGCCCGUCUUCUUCCGCCCGCCGCCGCCGCCCGCGCUGCCCGCGCCGCCGCAGCAGCACUUCCACCACCAUCACCACCACCAGGCCGCGCUGCAGGGCUUCCUCCCGUCGGUGCCGGUGCCGGUGCCAGCGCCGCCGCCGCACCUCGCGCUGCCGUACCACGCCGUGCCCAAUGCCGCCGCCGCGCCCCCGUGGCUCGCCGCGCGCGCCGGCUCCGAGACGCCGCCGCGCCUGGACGACUUCGGCGUCGGCCUCGCGCCCGGCAGCGGCGCGGGCAGCGGCAGCGGCAGCUUCGGGCGCAAGCGGUUCCGGACCAAGUUCACCCCGGAGCAGAAGGAGCGGAUGCGCGAGUUCGCGGAGAAGCAGGGCUGGCGCAUCCAGCGCAACGACGACGGCGCCCUCGACCGCUUCUGCGACGAGAUCGGCGUCAAGCGGCAGGUGCUCAAGGUGUGGAUGCACAACCACAAGAACCAGCUCGCCUCCAACUCCGUCGCCGCGGCCGCAGCCGCGGGCAUCGGCCUCAGCCCCGCCGCUGGCGCCGGCACCGCCACCGGCACCGGAACCGGCGUCGGCAUCACCGGCGACGGAGACGACGACGACGAUGACGACACCGACGACUCCCCGCCACGCGCCGCUGUCUCCUCCCCUUCCCCGUCUCCCAUCAGCGUCUAGCAGCCCAGCCGACGACCGAAGGCACUUUCCCACUCUUGCGUCUUGCCUCGCGCGCCUAAUCGGCUCCUUUUAAUCACUCUUAGGUUCAUGUAACAGUUAAUUAGCUCUAGGUAACCGUCAGCCGUUCACUAGCUACGUACUACUACUACUUCUGCAAGUACAACCCCCUCGUUCCCAUGUUAACCCUCCUUGCCUCCUCUGACGCGGCCGUGUGCCCGUGUCACGGGUGGCAUAUCUGUCACUUUCUUCUCCUGCUGUCUACUCUUUAUUAAUUUCAUUCGUAGUCUUAAAUUA